AUGUCUCGAUCCCUUUUCCUCGCCGCCGCAGUCCUGAUACUUGCGAGCGUCGCUUCGGCCGCGGUUGGGACCAUCUGCCGCAACCAAGAUCCGUACAUAUCGUGCACUGUCUCAAUCGUGCAGGCCGUGACUCCGCCGUGCGAGGCGAAUAGCGACAAGGUCGCCGCGACGUCGUGCUGGUGCAGCACCCUGAGCCAGCACAAGAGCUGCUACGAGAAACUCUGCACGACAAGCGACAGCUUCAUCGACAUCUUCAACACCAUGUUCAACUCCAAGGGCUGUCCUAACGCGCCCGCGCUCAAGACGCCCGUCUACACGACGCGCCCGCUGCAGACCAACGCGCCCGCCGCCACCACACCGGCAGCGACCGGGCAGACCCCAGCCGGAACGUCUGCCGGCGCGGCGAGCACGACCACGAGCAAGAGCGGCGCGGGAGCCCAGGGCGGGUCUGUCGUCUUCCGUGGAGCGGUGGGUGGUAACUUGGUGUUUCUAGCUGUUGCUGGCGUUGUUGGGAGCGUUGCGCUGUUUGGCGCCCUUCUUUGA